AUGCAGUACCUGUCCUAUCUGAUGUCCAUGUUCGUGGUACAGGGAGCAGCUCAGAGGUUUUGUCCAUACCGCUACGUGAUGCUGCAGGUGCAUGCCUGUAAUGGCGAAUCCCAGUCUGCCUGGAGCGUGGCCGGGUUGGCCUUCAGAGAUGACACGGGCAAGGUCGUCGAAGUUCCGGCCACCCGCAGCAGCGCUUACUUGUACCGGGGGAGAGCUCGGAUUCCUGCGAGCUUCGGCUUCACGGGAACGGAGCCUUGGAACGUCUUGGAUGGAAAUCCUUUUACCAUCCUACAAGUCGACGAGACGUAUUCCUUGGACGGCGAGAUCGCCGAUGGCCGUGACUUGUCCAGGCCAACGCUGGCUGCGAUGUUGGUGAUCGAUCUGCAAGUUGCACAACAAGUCGUUUCCUACACGAUGAUCUCACGCAGAGAUGGGCACGAUGACACCCAUCCUAGAAGAUGGACCCUUCGAGGCUCCAACGAUUUGACCUCCUGGGCAAACCUGAGCUCUUACGACCUGGAGACCAAGCCUUUCCCAGAGGGAGAAGUUGGAUUUGGCAAAGCCUUCUCGGGCGACCUGGCUUGCGGUGAGCUGGAGUAA